AUGGCAACACAUGUGGAGCGUGGAAUAAUGAUCACAGAUCUUGACCAUAGUGAGCAGGAUCAGCAGGAACAAGUGCGUCCAUCGACAUCCAUUCAACCCAAGCGACAGCGGAAGGUGCUCCAAACAUUGACGGGCAAUUUCAGUCGCAGGUCGAGAAGUGUUGAGGUGGAGCAACGUCAAGAGUUGCCUGCCAGCAACAAGAAGAAACAACAACAGGAGCGCACUCUCAAUGGACUGUUGCAGGCCAAGGAGCAGCAGCUGGAGCAGCUCCUGCAACGUCUGGACACAUUGCACAAGUACAACGAACGCUUCGCCAAGGAGAAUGAGCAACUGCGUCUGGACAGCGAGCAGCUGGAGCAACGUCUAGGCCAGGCGGAGCAGCAGUUGGUCAAUUGCCCGCGCUGCCAGCAGCUCGAUCAGAAACUGGGCGAUGUCCUGGAGCACAACAAGGAGCUGGCCAAUGAUGUGGACAUGCUAAAGACUUUGGUGUUUCGCCUCAAUGUGCAGAUCGAAUGCUACCAGGAUCAGCGACGCACAGCCGACAAGGAUGCUCUGCCCAUCUCCACUCAGAAUCCGACUUCGACUUCGACUCCGAAUCCGACUCCAAGCACAUUGCCUCCAUGGACAUCGCGUCUUCCCACGCACACAUUGACGCCGCUGCUGCAGGCCUAUGAUGAAUCCUUCCGGGACAAGGAUGCACUGCUGGCCCAGUAUGCCGCUGACUUUGAGUUGUUUGGCGGCGAGCUGAAGCGGGCGCUGGAGGAGAAUACACGUCUGCUGCAGUUACAGGAGCAACUGCGUCGCGAUGUCGGCGGCUGGACAGAGGAGCGGGUCCGUCUUCAAGCCCAACUCGGCGUGUGCCGCUCCAAGGCGGAGGCGCAGACCAGGAAGACCGAUCUCGUCAAGGAGAAGCUGGUCGAAGUGAUGCAUUUCUAUGAGCAGCGCAAUCAGACGCUGCUCCUGGACAUGAAUCAUCUGCAGGAUGCCUAUGCCCGCUGCAAGUCCGAACUGAUUGCACUCAAGAGCACAGCGGUUCCCUCCCCGCCACCACCUCCUCCAGCUGCAGCUCCAGCUCCAGUUGUGGAGUCUGCCAGCGAAACGGAUGCAGUGCAGCAGUGCAAAACGCUGCUGGAGGAGCUGAAGCAGGAGCACGCACGAGAACGCAACGCUCUAGAGGAUCAGCUGCAGGCGAGCAACAAUCGAGCCGCCUCCCUGCUCCGCAGCUCCGAGAAGGCCAAACAUGCCCGGGAUCGGCUGAAAGCCCGUCUCCGCAUGACGCUGCAGUGGGCCCAAAAGCUGGAGGCGGGACAGGCCGAGGUGCGGGAGACCUACGAUGCAGUGCAGCAUCUCUCCACGCUGCUCAAGCACAAGGAGUCGCAGCUGCGUGGUCUGCAUGCCCGCAACAGCGAGGAGCUGGAUAAGCUGCGUCUGAAACUGCAGCAGAAGGAUGAAACCAUCAGGAAUCUGCUGCGCAGCAAAAUGGAAAGACGACCAGCGGGGGAUUAGAAGUAGGACCAGGUGGACAAAGUAUCGUUAACAAUUAAAAAUAUAUAAUUUCAAUACAAAAUACAUUAAUAACU